AUGACGGCCAGAUGCGAUGGGAAGGAUAUGCAAGGCACGGUCGUAGUGGUCGACAGCUUGGGACCGUCGUUAUGUGGCAGAGACACAAUCAAGGCUUUCAAUGAAAUCGGAGUGCCCAUGCUGACAAACGUCGUCGCGAGCGUGCAACCGAUCAAGUUCAACGGACCCAGCACGGGACUCGACGCCCUACUCAGCGAAUAUGCUGACGUCUUUGCUCGAGGUCUCGGAUUGUGCAAGGGACCUCCGGUGACAUUCCAGUUGAAAGAAAACGUGGUUCCGCGGUUUUUCAAGGCCCGGACUGUACCUUACGCCUUGAGGGACAAGAUGUCUGAUGCGCUGGAUCAGCUAGUAGCCCAAGACGUCCUUACGCCUGUGAAAACCGCCGAGUGGGCCACACCAGUCGUACCCGUUCUAAAGAAGGAUGGGUCGCUCAGAAUUUGCGGAGAUUUUCGGAUGACGGUCAAUGCGGCCACUGCGACGGAGCAGUACCCGUUACCACGAGUGGAGGACAUUUUUGCGAAACUGAAUGGCGGGGAAGUUUUCACGACGUUGGACCUGCGCCAGGCCUACAACCAGCUGCCAUUGGAUGAGCACGCUCAGAAGAUAGCAGUCUUGAACACUCAAAAAGGUCUUUUUUGUUUUAAACGGCUGCCUUUUGGCGUAAGUUCUGCACCGGCCGUGUUUCAGAGACGGAUGGACGCGCUUCUGAGCGAUAUUCCAGGAGUACAGGUGUAUCUGGAUGAUAUUAUCGUCGCGGAAAAGCGAAGUGACAUGUCACGGCUGCGGAAAGUCCUGCAGAGAUUGCGAGAAUAUGGUCUACGGCUGCACAAGGAAAAAUGCAAAUUUCGGCAAGGCGAGGUCACCUUUCUCGGCCAUCGUAUCGACGCUAAAGGACUGCGGCCAAAAGACGAGAACAUCAAGGCCGUUCGCGAAGCCCCAGAGCCCACUUCGGUGAGUGAACUCAAAGCAUUUUUAGGUCUUGUGAACUAUUACGGCAAAUUCUUGCCGAGCCUGGCGACCGUGCUCGCUCCGCUAUACGCCCUUCUCGCCAAAGGUGCCAAGUGGCAGUGGAAGCAGGAACACAAAGAAUCUUUUCGGAAAGUUAAGGAGGCAAUGGAGGACUCCCAGUUUUUGGCCCAUUUUGAUCCUGAUAAGCCGUUGAGGCUGGAGUGUGAUGCGUCACCA